GGCAGUCUUUGUCGGUUGCUCACAUCACACUUCAUACUAAAGAUCCUCAUGUAUCUCAUCAACAGCUAUAUCCAAAACAAGUAGGGAAGCCCGUACACUACGCAGGACCCCGCACGGGAUAUACCGAGCCUGCGCCGGCAGAUAGCGGAUCCAGGGUCCCUGCCCUCCACAUCGGGAGCCUGUGGAUGAGUUCUGCGCGACGCGUGUUUGAAUGUUUUUGACCAUCAAUUCUUGAAUCUUCUUUCAAGUUACACACAGCACUCCUAUUCAUACAUUACAGUUCAGAAAUAUUUGCACUCAGUUACCUCUCUAUAUCCCCAGAUCACCUCCAAACAUGGCCUCCAAGCCCCAGAUCGUCAACGACCUUCCAAAGGUUAACCGCUUCAUCACAACCCACGAUCCCACCACCAAGAAAGCUAUCUUCUCCAACGCGGUCCCAGAAGAAGCCAAAGUCGACCACAUUCCAAAUGCCGACUUCAGGCUUGGAUACGUUACCAAGGGAUUUCCCGUUGAUCUGAACAAAGAUGCCGACCUCGCGGUUUACAAGCCUUACCUCGAGUCACCUCCAGGUCUGGUCGCUUCAGGAGGAACAGUGCUACGCUUUGUUGACGUAGCACCUGGUCAUCUUUCACCUAUGCAUCGCACAGUCUCUCUUGACUACGGUGUCGUUUUGGAAGGCGAGAUGGAAUUGGUGCUGGAUUCGGGAGAGACAAGGUUGAUGAAGAGAGGAGACGUUGCGAUUCAGAGAGGCACGAUGCACGCUUGGAGGAAUACCAGUCCCACAUCAUGGGGACGCAUGAUGUAUGUGCUUCAAGAAUGCAAACCAGUAGAAGUCAGUGGUGAGGUACUGAAGGAGGACUACGGGAACAUGCAGGGUGUUCCAGCGUCGUCGUAGUCGCAUUGCUACUUGAAAUACACAAAGCGAUGAAAUAAACCGUCGCGAAUCUAUAUCGCC